CUGAAUAAUGUAGUGUCUGCAAGUUCAGGAACAUCCUCGCUUGUUCUUGCUCACAUUUGUAUAUGGUAACCUGUCACUACACAUUGCUGUCCAGUGAACCGUGGCUCUGUUCUCCUGGAGCAGAACUGUAGAUGUUGAUAUGAAUAUGUUAUACUGCUGUUUAAACAGCCUACCGUGUGUGUUCUAGAAAGAGGAGCUGACCGUGUCUGUGAAAGUUCCUAGAGCAACAGGCACUGGUCUCGCACUUUAGCGAAUAUAUUCGUGUUACGUCUUUUCAUUAAUGUUCUGUAGUCAGAAUGGGAUGUUCUACUAGUACCCAAACUACAGCGCGAGAAGGAAGCAGACCAAGCACUAAACCGGAGGAAAGCAAUGGAGCCGGUGCUAUAGUGAAGCGGGCUGAAAAUGGCGCAGUGGCUGAGGACAGUGAGACCAUUCCGGACCAGGUCCAGCUGCCCGCUCAGAGCGCUGAAAGCCAGCCUGCCGCUGAGGGGCAGGGAGCUCCUGCUGCCCCGGCUGCUGAGGAGACCCAGCCCCAGGUAGAGGCUGCUGCGGCCCCUGCUCCUGCUCCUCCAGAGGAGGCCAAAGAUGCGCCUCCUCCUGCUCCUCCAGAGGAGGCCAAAGAUGCACCUCCUCCGGAGUCUGCAGCGCCCGUGGAGGGGGCUAAGGCUGAGCCUGAGGCAGGGGCAAAGGCCGCAGAGGAGGCACCUGCCAGCGGCCCUGAGCCUGCCCCUGAACCCGCCCCUGAACCUGCAUCUGAAUCUGCUCCUGCCCCUGAAUCUAAACCCGCCGGUGAGCCCACCCCUGAUCCUGUCCCUGAAUCUUCAUCUGAACCCGCCUCUGGGUCUACUGCUGAAUCUUCAUCUAAACCUGCCUCUGGGUCUACUGCUGAAUCUUCAUCUGAACCCGCUUCUGGGUCUACUGCUGAAUCUGAAUCUAAACCCGCCGCUGGUCCUGACUCUGAAUCUGCAUCUAAACCUGCCCCUGAGUCUACAGCCGAAUCUGCAUCUAAACCUGCCGCUGCUCCUGCCCCUGAAUCUGAAUCCAAGGGCCCAGAAAAAGCUGGGGAAGAAUCGGGGACAAAGGAAGCAGGAAGUGCUGAGGCUGCGGCUGACCAAUCAGAACCCGCCAAGGCAGAAUAAACUUCUGCUACCUAUGAUGAAAACUGAUCUUGCCUCUCCUUUCUCCAACCCUGAUGUGUUUGGUCAAGAAAACGGGAGUGGAUGCAAAGAUGUUACAAAAAUUAGAGCAAGGAAUAUUAUGAAGAGCAAUUGCUCUGAAAAGCGCAAGAGAAAUACUUCCAUUUGCCUGUUGCCAAGAUGCAGACCAGCUGAGAGCUCCACCACUGUGCCUUUCUUUUCUGUUAAAUUUAGUGAGGGUUUGGGAAUGGCUGCUUCCAAUUUUGUAAAUAUUUCCUCAAUAUACCAUAUUUGCAUUGUUUAUAAAAAAACAAACCAAAAGGAUCAGGAUUGUUUCUGAACACCUCUGCUUUCGAGCGUCACUUUACAUUCGAGAACAUUGAAUUCUGGCAAAUUAUUCCUUAUGGGAGAAUAAAUUAAAUAGCAGGUUUUCCUGUGAACUGAAAACGUGUUGCCACGUCCACAUGACAAUGUGGAACCAAACCUAAGCUUUCACUCAUAAGAGCUCAUUUAUAAAUCCUCAGCUACUCCACUAUUAUUCGUGCCUGUGGAAAGCAAGCCAAGCACGCUACAGCUGUAAAUGAGGAACAUGCUGUUUUUAAUCUCUCUUUUUGAGCUUGGCUCAACCUUCACCAGGAUACUUAAACUCUUAAGUAGAAGCAUAAAUACAAAUGUGUAGAUAACAUCAUAAUCCACUUAAGUCCUACACAAAUGUUCAUUUUUAAGCACUUUCCCAUACCAAUUGUCUUCUUUGUGUGUAACUUUAAAGAUUCUGGCUGAAUGUGCUAUUGCGCAUGUCGUCAAUCAUCCACCGAACAGAACAGACACCAGUGGGUCCUUGAAGUUUUUAAUGGGUAGCUAGUGCAAUGAUGGAUAUCACCUAUGUAACUGAAUAGCCUAACCUUACAGAAACCUCUUCAGGAGCAGUCGCUCUGUAGAACGUAACCCACCAAUCUGAACGGUUCCUUGUAUUGAGUGCAAAGGCCUUAAAGCAAGGCUAUUCCCAGGUGAGGAACCCGCUCACUCUGCUGGAUCGCCUUUGAGCAGAGUACCCUACUGCUUCAUGAAAUAUCCAGCUUUAUAAAUGGACAAUAUGUGGUAGGUUGGAUAAGGAUGGUAGGUUGGAUAAGGAUGUCUGCCAAAUACAUGGAGGUGACUGUGCACAAGGCAGUUGGUGCUGCUUCGAGAGAACUUGAAAAUCAACAAAUUUGUGUGGCUGCAGGAUUGGGGUCACCUAGAUAAACAUGAUAUAUGGCUAAAUAACCCACUUGUGCACUUUACAGCGCUAGAUAUACUAUUACAGCCUUGCAGAUAAUAUAAAACGGAUUACUGUACAGUAGUGUAGAUAGCAUUGAUAUAUUGUACAGCACCGCAGCUAUAAAAAUGACCUUAGAGGUUCUGCUCAUCAGCUGACUGAAGUGGACCAGGUCAGUGGCUUCACACAAAGCUUGCCCAUGGACUGAGACCUUGUGAAUGUUCAACACAAUGAAGACCCUCAGAAAAAUAUCACCCGUUUUAUAUAUGUAGCGAGAUGGACCAAACUUUUGAAUUUUUGCACACUGGCUACUUUCAUACAGGCAAUUAAAAUACAAGUUAAAAAAGACAUAUGUUCUGCAAUCUCUCAACAAAUGUUUGAAACUGGCAAGACUAUUUAUUCAUUUCUUCCAUUGAUGUCUUUAAUGGACUUUAAGGACUUUUGAGAUUAUGUUAAAAAAAUAUAUAUAUAUUAAAUUGCUUAUUGGGAGGUGUGGGUUAAAACCAAAACACUUUAUAUUGCUUUGUUAAAGGAGAUGAAGUUUAGAAUUCACCUGCAAUGUAUGUGGCCAGGUUCUAGCUUCGUAAAUGCAAAAUUUUAUGCACCAGUUACUCUGUACAGUAUAAAUAA